AUGCCCGAAACCCGUCACCAGAGCCGCCGCCCAGGUGCUGCAAUUAAGCAUCUUCGAUGUGGAGCACGGACAAAGAACAGAGGCAGGCUGAAAUGCACUAGUGGUGGGGUCCCGUAUCAGAGCUUUCCAUUGGCCAAUGCUUCAGGAACUGCCCCCUCGCUUGACCUAUUACAGUAA